AUGGCAGAACAUUCAAAAGCUCCAGAGGAAAUGCAGUUUGCAGGGGACAUUGCCAGUCAGUGGAAACUGUGGAAACAGAAAUUUGAGCUAUAUCCCUUGGCUAGUGGAAAGUCAAAUAAAACGGAUGAAGUAAAAAUAGCUAUCUUACUCAAUCUAUUAGGUGAUGAAGGUCUACAUAUUUACAAUACUUUUGAGUACAAUGAGGACGAAGAUCAAAUGAAACUGAAUAUAGUUUUGAAGAAAUUUCACGAGUACUGCAAUCCUGUCAAAAAUACAGUGGAGAACAGUGUGACUACACAAAAAGAAAUUUCAAAGAACAAAGAACAAAAUACCUCAGUGUAUGCAGUUAAUAGGUACACAACAAACUAUACAAACAAAACCAAAUAUUCUCCGUUACAUAAGGUAGAACAACAGUAUACGAGACAAAAUGAUGGUGGUAAUCCUAGUACAAGUAGAAAUAAUAUGAAUGUGAGAGGUAAUAGAUGCAAGAAUUGUGGUUAUAUACAUGAUGUAGAUAAAUGCUCAGCUGUUAAUCGUUACUGCACUAAUUGCAAGCAACGUGGACAUUAUCGGAAAUUUUGUAGGAGCAAAUUGGUACAUAAUGUUGCAAAAAAUGAACAGUUCGAAGAGUGUGGUGAAAAUGAAGAAAAUCGAGACGAAAGUGAAGAAUAUCAUAUUGUGUGGACAAUAAAUGACUCCUGUGUUAAUUCAAUCGAAUGGUAUGAAUUGUUAUUAGUAAAUAACGUACAAAUUAAUUUAAAAAUUGACACUGGAAGUCAAGUAAAUAUACUUAAUCACAGUGAUUUUAAGAAACUUGGAAUUUCCGAAUCUGAACUUCUGCAAACAAAAAGCACUUUGUCGUCCUACUCGGGGCAUAAAAUAGACAUUCGAGGAAAAAUAUCGAUACAUUGUUCCAUCAACGAACAUACAUCAAACCUGUUAUUUUAUAUUUUACAAUCCGAUUCUGCUUGUUCAAUUUUGGGACUUCAAGCUGCAAGUGAACUGCAAAUAAUUGAUGCAAAUAAAAUGCAAAAAGGACUUAACAAAACUAUAUAUAAUGUGGAAAACCAUCUAUCAGUUCCGGAAAUACUGAAUAAACAUAAAAGAGUAUUCAAGGGUAUAGGUAAAGUGAAUAAAACAUAUAAAAUAACACUGAGGCAGGAUGCUGUACCACAUAUAAGCGCUGCAAGGAAAAUUCCUUUAGCAUUAAAAGAUCAAGUGAAGAAAAAACUUGAUGAAAUGGUCUCGGAAAAAAUAAUAGUUCCAGUGACUGAACCAACAGACUGGGUCCAUCCGUUAGUAAUAGCACCCAAAUCAAAUGGAGAUAUUCGGCUUUGUAUGGAUCCCAGGAGUUUAAACGUGUACAUAAAACGUGAAAAUUUUCAAAUUCCCACAAUAGACUGUCGUUUUAGUGAAUUACGUGGAGCAAGAUAUUUUACACUACUAGAUGCAUCGCAAGCGUUUUUACAAAUACCCCUGGAUUUUGAAAGUUCAAAACUGUGUACAGUUGCAACAAGUUGGGGCAGAUUUCGUUAUUUAAGACUACCUUUUGGCAUCUCGUCAGCUCCGGAAAUAUUUCAAAGAUUUAUUUAUGAUGCUUUGGAAGGGUUGCGUGGUGUUAUUGCAUAUAUAGACGAUAUUCUUGUGAUCGUUCCGGAAAUACUGAAUAAACAUAAAAGAGUAUUCAAGGGUAUAGGUAAAGUGAAUAAAACAUAUAAAAUAACACUGAGGCAGGAUGCUGUACCACAUAUAAGCGCUGCAAGGAAAAUUCCUUUAGCAUUAAAAGAUCAAGUGAAGAAAAAACUUGAUGAAAUGGUCUCGGAAAAAAUAAUAGUUCCAGUGACUGAACCAACAGACUGGGUCCAUCCGUUAGUAAUAGCACCCAAAUCAAAUGGAGAUAUUCGGCUUUGUAUGGAUCCCAGGAGUUUAAACGUGUACAUAAAACGUUUUAAAUAA